CGGCUGUUCGGUUCCACACUUCCAUUUUUUUUUUCCUCUCUCCCAAAAAUGGGCGCCGAUGGCAGCCGCAGCGGCGGCCGGAAGGGCUCGCCGCCGGAGAAGCCAUCCGAGGGCCGGACCUCGAGCUUGCUCGCUGGACUCCCCUCCACGGGGAACUUCACGGAGAGCAACAUCGCUUCUAGCAUGGGAGGCCUCAAGGUUUAUAUCUGCCUGCACGACACGGCUCCUCCAGAGGGGCAAGUUGUGAAAACGGACACGAACAAUAUUCUAAUCAGAGCUCUCCAGUUGAACAAACACAAAAGUGAGGCCAAAGAUGCAAGCUGUAAGACACCAGGAGAAAGCAGCAGAGGAAAAAGGAAUGCUGCCAGAAAUUUAGAUGGAAAGAAUCCAUCAAAAAGACCCAACAUUGGUAGCGCUGGAGGAUCUUCUGCCCAUGAAGAACCGUCAUCUGGUUUCUCUGAGCUUUUGCUUCAGUCAUUUACUGUGGAAAAGUUACGCUCUCUUCUAAAAGAGAGGGGGCUCUCACCAAAAGGCAAAAAGUGCGGCUGUUAUGUGCGUGGUGGGAUUGAGAGGAUUGUGGAGGAAGAAGUGACGGCUGCUGCCGUGCUACAGUACCGCGUGUACUGUUCACGAGAUGGCGGCUGCGAGGGCAAGAGAGCGGUGGCUAGGGUUGGGGGCGCUGGGAACGCCGGCCGCGGGUCUUCGCCGGCAAGAGGGAAGGGAGUUCCUUCUAAUCUCUUGCUUGAUUAGAUUGAUACAUCUCCUCUCCUUAUAUAAAGAGGUUUACUUGACCCCUAAGCAAGCGACUAAUUAACCCUAAUGGGCUAAGGCCCAAUAGGCCCUUGACUCCUCUAACACUACACCCCACCUGGACAUGCAGCUCGUCCUCGAGCUGCAAUCUAACAAUGACGCUAACGAUGACUCCACUAGACGCAAACCAAAAACCUAAGAACAAGCCUUUUACAUAUCGGCUUAUUUUAAAUAAACUGCAAUUCUUUAUUUUUGACUCUUGAAGAUACGGCGGACACCCUCCUUGUGCUGGACCUGCACGUAAGUAGCCGCCUGGAUCCCAUGGAGACCAUCGGAACGAGAGGGGAGGACAGGUAUCGCCACCGGAA